AUGUGCCAAGUGGAAGGGAUCAUUCCGUCCUCAGCUCUUGCCAGUCACUCAGUGGAAGAGCUGACAUGGCAUCAGUUCCGGGACAUAACCAGCAGCGACACCUUGUAUCCGGCGCCCCAUCAUCAUAAGACUCACAGUGUGGUCCUGACCUAUGAUGAGUUCUCCUCCAACGUCCCAGCAGACUUCCUCCUUGAUGCCUACCUCGACGGCGUCUCCAGCGACUGGAUGGGAGCUGGGCUGUGCAUGGACGAUGGGCCGAGGAAGCAUAGUCUCCGACUUUUUGACGAUUUUCGAUUUCCUUUCACGGAUCACAAUGAAGAAGAUUCGCUCAACUUCAGGGAGGAAUGCUCCUGCUGUGAAAGAGGCAACCUGUGCGACGGGAUAGUUUGCACCUAUCAGGCCCCUCCUCCUGUUUCCUUCAACACGAUCCGGAGCAAGGAUGGCAGCAAGUCUUGGAGGUUUAGGGUUUACAACUCGCAGGGUCCAAUCGAGGUCUACUCAGAGGAAGUACACUUGUGGAGAAGGCACAGGAACAGGUGUAUGGGGUUACAAGGACUGCUGUAA